CAAAUAGAAGAGGACGAGGGCAGUUGAAGUCGCCAAUCAAUCAGGCAAGGCAAUCACCAUAUACCGUGGCCGUGGAUGUGGGCUUUCAUUUUUGUAGCAAAUGGGAUGGAAUUUUAAUUGGAUAGCCCUCCGUGCUGGCUGGGCCAAAACGUCGUUAGUUACGAGGGUGCUGAAUUCUACAUUUACGACCAACCCCACUGCCGACAAACAUACGAUCCGAUACAAAUUUUGUAAUCCCAUCUAUAACACACUAAUCAAUCCUCCUCCUGUCUUCCGUCAAAUCAAAUCGAACGCCCCGGCUCCCUCAAAAUGUCGAUUCUGGCAUCAGAUGAGGCCCUCUUCCGCAACUGCCUCCUCGCCUUCUACCUCAUCGGCCCUCUCACCUACAUCUCCCUCCAAUUCCUCUCCGCCCCUUACGGCAAACACAGCCGGCCAGGCUGGGGUCCCACGAUCCCGCCGGCGCUAGCGUGGUUCCUCAUGGAAAGCCCUUCCGUAUGGCUCCCCAUAUCGAUCUUCCCCUCGGGCAGGCACGCCGCCGAUCGCAAGGCCCUGAUUCUCAUGUGCCCUUUCGUAGUCCACUACUUCCACCGCACCUGCAUCUACCCGCUCCGGCUCUACCUGCACGGCGGCGGCGCCGGUUUCCCGGUGAGCAUGGCGGCGGCGGCGUUCUGCUUCAACCUGCUGAACGGUUAUCUGCAGGGGCGGUGGGUGUCCCACUACAAGAGCGACUACGCGAGCGACGGGCUGUUCUGGGCGAGGUUUGUGGUUGGGCUGGCGGUGUUCGUUUGGGGGAUGCGGAUCAACAUUUGGGCCGACCGGGUCUUGGUGGGCUUGAAGAGGCAAGGCGGCGGGUACAAGGUUCCGAGAGGCGGGUGGUUCGAGCUGGUGAGCUGCCCGAAUUAUUUGGGGGAGGUCUUGGAGUGGGCCGGGUGGGCGGUGAUGAACUGGUCGUGGGUCGGGUUCGGGUUUUUGCUGUACACGUGUGCCAACUUGGUCCCCAGGGCUCGUUCCAAUCACAAAUGGUACUUGGACAAGUUUGGGGAGGAUUAUCCCAAGGCUAGGAAAGCCAUAUUCCCUUACUUGUACUGAAGAAACAUCAUUCCAAGCAGAAGCAGUAGCCUUUUUUCUUUCUGGGUUCAGAGAGCUGGUGGGUUCGGGUUCGUGUUCGUGUUCGAGUUUUGGUGUGCUCUAGCGUCGUUGUACUGUUUUGUUUCACGACUGUUUCUAAGUGUUUGUGUGUGGGAUAUAUAUAUCUGUAAUGGCUGCAACCAGCUGAAUCUUGGGAGUACGAUCGCUUGUUUUCUUCCGUUGCCCAACUCUUACGAAAGCGUUAACAACAAACACAAUCAACUUGACUUUUUAACAUUGAAGGAGAUCACUAAUGCUUCCAAACUUAUUGUGCAAAUGAUUGUACGUGUUGCAGUAUCUGCUACAAGUAAAUCCUUCUAUGAGCAGUGAAUUCAUAUUCAUUCUUCUCGAUUUUAUCUCAUUGUAUCAACUCAUGACCAAACCUUGCGUAUACUUAUGAAUGAAAAAGGUUACCCAUU